CAUAAAAUGUUGACUGUUGAUUACAUGACACAUAUGUGGCAGCCACGUAUGCGCCACGUCAGCUGCCACAUCAUGUUGUUAUUUUCAAAUUAAAAUUAACAAUUAAAAUACAAAAUACAAAGUAAAACUAAAAUUAAAAAAAUAAAUCAUAGCACCCCCUGCAUCUUCGCCAGAGCACCCCCUGCAACUCUAACCCUGGGUUUUGAAUUUUGCGGAUCUUCUCUGGUGGCCUCUAGCUUCCUCUCUAAUCUCCGGCUACCUCGUUCCAAUCGACGUCGUCUUCUCAGGCAGAGCUCCCAGCUCCAAUCGAUAUCUUCUCCAACGACGUUCCAGCUCCAGAUGUCGUGUGUACCAGUUGCCGACAAGGAGGCGGAGGGAAGCUUGAACCCUUACCAAAUCGUCGAUGGAGACCUAUAUAGCCAAAACCAUCUCUGACUUUGCCGUAUUUGAAUUGCUCUUCAUCGCUGCAACUCUAAUUUCAACGUUGUUGUUUCUGGGUUUCAUUAGAUCUGGGUUUCUGGGUUUCAUUGGAUCUGGGUUUCUGCUUUCCGUUUUCCUCCAAUGGAUUCAUCUUGAUUGUUUUCCGCCUAGCUUUUCCCCAAUGACGGCGACCACUUCCAGAGGUUUCACGGCUCACACUGCUUAGCUGGAUUUUGAGCUCAGCCAACAGCCCAACACCUACUCGGCAUUUCUCCGUUCCUCGAUGGCAGCUCCAGGAGGAAGAUGGUGAAGAAGAAGAGCAACAAAGUCUGCGUAAAAGGCUACCAGUCGCCUUGUCCUGUUAGCACCAUCUCUUGUUGCUGCUCAGACUCGGUCGGUCCGAUUCGACGGAGUGCCACCCGCUCGCGUAGUGGCGGGCACACAGCCGAGGAGAAUUGUCAUCGAAAGCUAAGAAUUAGAGCUAAUAGUCCCACAUUGUUGUACGCUUCCCCUCAGUAAUAUUCUCGAUUUUUUUCAUCGCUGUUAAGCUUUAAAUCACUUCAUUUACGAUUUUUGGUUCGCUUAGAUCCUGCUACUGCUCUAGAACAAGUUCCAGUCGGUGAAUUAGUUUGCGAUUUUCCCAUAGUUCCCUUUUGCUUAGUAAUGGUGGUUUACUCUCGCAGAGGCGAAGGUUGCGAGACGGGAGAGGGAAGGGUGUAUAUGUUUUUUUUUAAUUUUCAUUUCUUUUCUUGGAAAAUAAUUAUAAAUUAAUAUUAUAAAUUCCACUUAAAUGCCACAUCAGCGCUGACUAGACUUUCUGUUAAAAACUAACGGUCAAUGCUAGUCAACUCUAACGGAAAAAUAGUUUAGGACACAAAUAUCAUAUCGAAUACUUUAUAACACAAAUGACACAAAGUUAAUAGUGGGUUUCCCAGUGGUAUUCGUCCUUGUUUUAAAUGGCUAAGGAUAAGAUGGAUUACUCAAAACUGGAUUUGGGUGCGCAUACAAACUAAAUUCUAGAAACGUGACUUGAUAAUAAAGUAGAAACGUCAAC